AUGCCCGACGUCGAGAUGGCUAGAAGAAACGGCGAGAGAAAAGAGGAGGAAGAGAAGGAUACCGAGUACCGACCGUUGAACUGGAAGAAGAUCUUUCUGACACCGAAAUACAUCCCUUUUCACCUUUUGGGUAUUGGAAUUCUGGUCGCCACCAUUUUCAUCAGUUUACAUCAUGACCAGGUUGUCGAAAAACUGAGACCGUUCUCCGAAAAAGUACGGGAGAUCCCCGCGGGAUUUCUCAUUCCGAUCGCUAUCUUGAUCAUCAUUUCAUUCCCUCCGCUCUUUGGUCACGAAAUCGUCGCUCUCCUGUGCGGUGUGGUGUACGGACUAUGGGUUGGCUUCGCGAUUGUUGCCGCGGGUACUUUCCUCGGCGAGAUUGGAACCUGGUUUGCGUUCAAGUACACGCUGCGCCGGAAGGCUCAGAAGUUGGAGAGAACGAAUCUCAACUAUGGCGCUCUUGCGCGCUUAACCCGUGACGGUGGCUUCUGGAUCGUCUUCAUCAUUCGAUUCUCCGUCAUCCCAUCCCACUUUUCGACCGCAGUAUUCUCGACCUGCGACGUCAAGUUCUGGCAUUUCGCCGUCUCAACAUUCUUGACGCUACCGAAGCAAAUCAUUCUCGUCUAUCUCGGCGUCCUCCUCGUCGAGAAGCAACAAAACAACACCAUCAAGAAUGUCGUGUUCGGCGCCACAUUCGUUCUCACAAUCGCCCUCGCGGUGUAUAUUUGGGUCAAGAUGAGGAGGGUCAAGAAGAUGCUUUUGGAGGAGCAGGAGCAGCGCAAGAUGCAACGGGAGGUCGAGAUGCUGCCGCAAAAGGCGGAAGUCGACGCCGUGGAGAUGGAGGUGAUUCCGCUACAGCCUGGAAUGCCCGGAGCAGCUGCGACGAGGAACGAUCGGGCGGGCUAUCCCCAAUGGAUUUGA